AGUGCAAACAACACGCCGCUCGCUGCAGCCGCAAAAAUGGAAGUUUCAUAGAUUCACACACACACACACACACACACACACACAGUAGUACUGGAAAGAAGAAAUUGUUUUUGCUUUCUUUCUACUCCUUUCUAUAAUCUUCAGCAUCAGUUUGGUGAGCGAGUUCAACAUGGUGAGCUCUACACCUCCUUCGCCGUCGAUUGCACCCUCCUCUCCGCUGCAGUCAGGAGCGUCGUGUGAUCGAACUUCACGGAGCUCUCCACGACCCACCUUGGCUCACUCGCCAACGGCUCCUUCCCUCGUCUCCUUUUCGUUCUCUCAGCUUUUCAGCUACCACGACGCGCCACACGCAGAUGAAGACCCCGUCGCUUGGAAAAACAAUGCUGUUACAUCGCCUACGACGGUUUCAACACGCGAAGUGGCACUUUGCGCAGCUACAUCGAAUACGCCGUCCUCUAGUGGACCAACGUUUUCUUUCGAAGAUUGUGUCCGCUUCAAACUUUGUCUUACCUGCGCGCUGUGUGGACGGCUGCUGCGGCAUCAGCCCGCCGUUAUCGAAACGUGUGGGCAUUGUUUCUGCUACGACUGCGUCAACACUGCGGUAGAGGACGGCUGUGUGCCGUUGGUACAGCAGUGGCCGUGGUCGCGCUUGUCGGGCGAGGUGGAAGCCGCUGCCGCGCGUUGGGCAGCAGCAACGGCGGCCAAGCGCGAGGAGGAAUCUGUACAAGAGCCACGUACUGCCGUCACCACAUCAGACACGAAGUCACCUGGGCGAAGCGGAGGAAAUGAGGAAGACGAUGUUGUGGUGACGGCCGUCACGCCUACGCGAGCAGGACCACCAUCGCCGUUUGCAGCCGCGAACGCCGUAGAGGCGCCUCCAAGCCGUCCGCGAAAGCUACGCAAAGUGCGUCAAAAGUGUCCUCUCUGCCUCGGACCUGCGUUCAAGUGGAUGCUCGUCACAGUUCCCUCCGUUGCCGAGCUGUGCACGCAACUCAGCGUUGCCUACCCCGCAUUAGAGGAGGUGUUGAGUCAACUUGCAGACAGUUCCGACGGUUCUUGCAGCGUCGGCGUGGCAGUCCACAACUCUUCGCCGUCCAACGCACAAAGGAAAGGAGCCGAAGAAGACAACAAAGAGCAGCACGAGCAACCGUCGUCGACCCAUUCUGCGCCCGACGCAGUAGUCGAUUUGGUUACAGCCGCGUUUACACCCUCCGUUGCUUCAUCAACUGUACGGCAAAGCGGCGGUGGCGCUCGCCACGGACACGACAGCAGCUCACAGGAAGAUGAGGAGGCGGUGCGACGACGACGGCGUAAUUGUGGCGGACCCCGCAAAGAAAUUACCUUUGCGGACGAAGUGCGUGCAUCGUUAGAGGAGACGCAUUCGAGGCCCAUUGUGCGUCUUCCUCUCCAGUAUCCUGUUUUGGUCACCGACGAGCUGUGCGAACCGCAAGCUGCAACGAACGCACCGCCACACCGCAGCGCAGGUUUUGCCCCUCCUGCAGUGGAAGAGAAUGGUGAACGCAAAGAUGAGUCGUCGAGUACCCCUGCGCUGCCAGGCAGCAGCGGAAGCCUUUCGAGUCGCUCCAGCAUCACCGCGGCGGCCUUGCAGCUCAGCGUAGACCUGAUACCUUCACCUGACAUGAAUGCGGUUAUGUCCUCUACAACGGGGCGGCAACUCACUCGGGGUAAUGGGCAGACUACGCCACCUCCCUCAUCUCCGCAACACGAACAAGAGCAGCUGGUUACAAACAUGUGCCAUGCGUUCAUCAUUCUUGGUCAGUCUCCGAGCACAGACCAGCAAGACGAAGGAGAAGCAAUCGCGAACCACGCACCACCUCAUCCGUAUGCGAAGCCGACGACAUCAUCCCAAGUGCCGUACCUUUCGGAAACGUUGGAGUCUGUUGAUAAUGGUGGCACUGGUGUCAUCGGCGUCCCUCAUGCAACUGGUCUGAAAGCAACUGGUAGAGAAGAAGAAAACGUCGUUCUUGAUUUCAUGACAGAUCAGCCCGGCUGCGUGUUAUUGGACACGACGCCCUUGGCAGACGAGUUCAUCUCCCGUUUUAUAACUCACCUGCCAGAGAAACAGAAGGACAGCGCAGCUUCCGGCUACACUUUUCUGUGCGACCGAGCAAGCGUCAACGCAGGACAGGCCACAACACAAGCACGCGUCUCACAACGUACACCGCCCUAUUCAUGUGUGCGAGCAUCAUCUGAAUCGUGCUAUGCGCACAUCUUGGAUACCCUUGUGGACAACGAACCAAGAGACCCGUCGGAUUGGAGUGGUAGUAGCGUGACUGUCGCUUCUGUUCACCCGCACGACGUGUGGCAGCUCGAGACGGCGCAUGUGCAACGCCACCCACACAUACCAAAUUGCUUCUCUGCACUGCGCGUGGGUCAUUUGGUGUGGCUCGAGCACGACAAUAAAGAAGAGUCUGCAACCACAGGACACUUAUCUACGGCCCCACCGCUGCGGUGCGUUGCGGGAAGCUAUCCAGCAGCGUCGUCUGAAAACCAAGAUGUACAUGACAGUGACAGUUUUGCUGCGCGCAGGAUCUCGUCGCUCUCACCGGCGGUGUGCACUGCUGCCGUGUUUGCUGUGCCGUGUAUCGAUAUUGGCUGGUUCUCCGUUCGAGGGAAUGCUCCAUGGAAAAUGUAUGUCGCCACAAGUGAAAAGGAGAGCUCUGGCACAACCGCAAACCACUCCGUCGUGUCCUCUUCGGCAAAACCGUCUCUCUUUUGGAAUCCUUCGUGUGGUAGAAAGCCUGGUGCAUGGAUGGCGGAUACGCGGCACAUCUUAUUGACGAGUGGAUUGCGGAGACAGGCACAAACCGCACCUGCCACAGCAAACAGUCCAGCCCCCGAUGCAUCGUCGCGAACCGGGCCAAGUGCCUUUUAUUUCUUCCUGUUGCCGGACGGUGCGGUGCUGCAACUGGCUAGGAUCUUCUAUCGCUCUUGGAGCAGCGCACGUCAUGUAGCCAGCAAGCACGCUGAUGAACAUCGGGAAGAGGACCAAGGGCUUCCGCAGCACGAGCAUCUUAACACUUCGCGCAAGCGGAGGCGGGACAGUGAUGCGCAAAGUGAAGCGUGGGACACCACCGACGGCCAUCCGCAGCGGGCGUGGCGGCGUUUGCUGCUUGUCUUGGGUGGCGCCGUUGUAGAGAUGUCCGCGUCUCUUUUUGCUGCCGUCGCCGCUGCGUCGGUGGAAUCGGAGGAAAAGGAAAGGACCACCAAGGACGUUGCAGAUGCAAAGAACAGUGUUCCGCCAAGCAAGCGACGCCAAGACGACGCAGCGGCAGCCGUGGCAUCUCACGCUAAGCUGUCCGAGCAAAAUGUGUCAAUGAGCAACUGGAUUCAUGUGGACAUUGAUGAGGGGUCACCCAGCACAGAGUGCGCCACCGCAGCGACCAAAGAUGCACAGCUUGCUCAGCACACUCUUUUCCUCCUGUACAGCCCAGCAGUGGUCCGAAAGGCUUGCGAUUGCGUUUCAGGAGAUAAAGCUCUCUCUCGUGAUGCUUUUAAUGUGCCGAAGCAGACGAACACGGGCGGUCUCUGCUUUAAUUUCGCCUUCCAGAUUUUUCUCACGCGCAUCGCAGCGUUGGUCGCUUCCGUGUUGACUCCUACUCUUCCUGCAGCGCUGCAAACGGUGCCGACGGUCGCGCAUGAAGUGCGUCCUGCGAGGUGGUUGCUAGAAAACGUCGCUGAGGGUCGUCGCAGUGCGGGUAGCAGCAAGUCGCGCAAAGCGCAACCCCAAGCGGAAGAAACGCGCCCGCAGAAAAUCAUUGCAAGCGGGGAAGCAAAUAGCGUGCAGCCGCAAUCGCAGCUGUCAAGUUCUACUCCGCAGACGCCCGCGGUCGUUGACGGCACAGGAAGAGCUACCGUGGUCAGCUCCCUCGUCGCCCCUCUUACGUCAACGGUGCUGCCGUCAGACGAGUCGCCAGGCCCACCACAGCGCGUCGGGGUGUACCGAAGCCUUCUCUAUUCUGAUACUCCGUAG